ACUUGCUGUAGUGAGGUCGGGAUCUGGAUUGUGAAAAUGAAAAUAGAGAGAGUUGUCCUUCUUGAAAAGAACUCUUCCAGUGAUUAAAUCAGCUUCUGCGAAUAUUUAGAAAGAACGGCAAACGCACUUAGUGAUGGUAGUUGUGGUAAAGUAGCAAAUCGGAAAAGGAAGGAGAAGAUGAAAGACGAUAAUGGCUGAGGGGAAAAAACCUAUCCUGGAAACUCACAAAGAAGCUUCCAAUGUAUUAUCAGCUCAUCUCCGAGAAACCAAGGGGAAAGCCCGCAAGAAAUCACCAAUGCCCCCUCCAUCAGAGAAGGAAAUUAGGAACGAGGUUCACAGAAUAUUGGAGCAAUUCCUAAAGAAACAACUGCUUCUGAACAAUAAUGAAGAUGUAACUGCAAUACCCACCUCUUACCAAAAAGUGGUGGUAGAGGAUGUCAUAGAGACAGAUGGACCAGGCAGCACCAGCACAUCAAGGGAAGGCUCAAGGUAUUCAUCUAAAACAAGCUGUGCUAGAUGUCGCAGUGAGGCAAGUCAGUCCAUCCCAGUAGGGUCCAUUCGAUCCCUCACUGAUGACACCAUUGAUUUUCCAUUCAUUGAUGGGGUAGACGAAGCAGAAUCUUCUGACAAAGGUCAUGGGGAGAGGUCAAAAAGUCUCCCGUCAAGUAUCAUACAUGCAUCGUCCAUCAAUAAUAAGGAUAAGUAUUCCUUGGCUUCAUCAAAGUCGCUCAGUCCUUCUCAUCUUAAGCAAAUUCAUGACAUGGGAUCUCCAAUGAAUCGGGUUGCAGAAACAGGGGACAUAAUGGAGGAUCAUGCUUACCCCUCAGAAGAUAGUCUAUGGAGAAGCAGUCAUAAAGACAUAGAAGAACCAGGUAUAUCAAGGCGUCGAAGAUUAAAGUCAGGCACAGAGUCAUCAGAUGACACGGACAAUAAAGAAGUAAUCACCCCAGGACGGAAGAAGAAAUCCAUCUUUACACGAUUAAAGGAACGCAUGAACAGAAGUUUGAGUCGAGGUAGAAACAGAGAGGAUGAAGAGGAUAAGAGAGCCAGAUCUCAGUCGGAGGGAUCCCUGAAAAAAAGACGGAAACCAAGAAAGAAGAACGAAGGUACCAGUGUGGAUAGAAAGGGGACAGUUGUUCAAAAUGUUCACACUCACAAACAUGGACAUAUUGAACAACAUCAUUACACUAAUGGAAACAAGUCAGGUGUGUUAAUGGAGAAAGAGGUUUGGGAAUCGACUGAUGUGAUUGGGGAAUCGGAGCACAAGCACAAAGAAAAACAUGCCAAUGUGAAGGAGAGCAAGGAACUGCAUUCUGACAGUGACAGUAAAAUUCUGAGGAAACUCAAGAAAAUGACUUCCUUCAGGAAAGCCAAGAAAGACAAAUCCAUCUCCACUUCCAUGAAAACAUCAGAGUCAGAUGAGGUUGAUUAUAAUCAUAGAACGCAUAAAUCCUCCAAAGGAGACUAUGAUCACUCAAUGUCCACAAGUCAGGGGUACCAAGAACAAGUGCAGGAGAAUCAUGACCACUCAAAACACUCAACCACCACCACAGUAAUAACGGGUCAGCAGAGUCAUGACCGUGCCGAUGAGUAUGUACCACAGGGACUACUUCAGGGGGAGGUGAUGGACCAUGCUAACAGAAACAAGUCCUUUGUGUUGGAUUUUGAGACUUGUGAGAGACAGCGGAGAAGGGUAUUUCCUGAUGGCACCGUUGACACCACAGUCAAGCAGCAUGUCAAGGUCAAACACUUUGAUGAAGGACAUGAUGUAGAGGUUGAUGGGAAUGAUGACGAAGCACUGUGUCCAAGACAUGCAUCGUCGGAGCCAUCGGACCCAGAGAAGGACCGCCUCUAUACAGCAGUGGCAGAGAGAUUAGCCCAUAUAGGUGACCAGUACAUGGCCACUAGCCCACUGUCUGAGAGUACCGGAAGCUCUUUGGAUCGUAGUCACGGCAGGCGAGUGGGCACCAGAACUGGAGUGGAUGAAAGAGACGGUGAGGGACUGACAGAACUGGAAAGAAAAUUAAGAGACACAUUCCGAGAAGCUGGGGACAAUGCGGCAUUGAAUAUAUCACCAGAAUCUAUAAGAAUUGCUGCUUUGGAAAUUGCAAAGCAUGCGACCUACCAGCAAUUCCAGGAUGUGGUCAACAACAAGAUUGGCACUGGGAACAGCUGGGAUCAGAUUGCAGCUGUGUUUUAUCUUACAAAAAAAGCCAUUAAUCUGGCUGGGGUAGGAGGGGCUGUCGCCGUACAGGUGAAGGACUUGGCAGCAGAGUACGUGGCCGACAAGUUUGCUUCCUGGAUUGUGGAUCAGGGAGGAUGGGACACAUGUUUGGACAGUGACACAGAUCUGGAAAUUGAUUGAAAGUCAGAGCAGCUGUUGUGAUGAAAUUUACAGCUAUACCAAUGUCCUUAAAGCCAAUAUUCUCCUCACUGGGAGCAGGGGAAAAACCCAUUGGGGUGUAUCAAAGAAUUUGUUGUCCUUAUGAAGGAUAAGAAAUUUGGUUGUUAAAAGCUUACAUUUAUAGAUCGUGUUUGAGACUUUGAUGGUUAUUGUUUCUGUGUUUUAUUGGAGUUUUUGGCUUAAAGCAAAAUGCUUUGAAUAUGGAUAAUAUUAAUUGAUUUGUUGAGAAAAUUGUCUGAAUGUUUUUAAGAAUGUUUUAAGCAUUGUCUUUGAUACUGAGUUCAGUUUGCCUUCCAUGUUAUGCAUCCAAAAGUGCUUUCUUAAAUACUGCAUGCAAUGUACUACUGCUAAAGUGCCUGAUGUUUUGUGAAAAUAAUUACAGGUAAAUUGUGCCAUGACUUUAGAAUUUCAGGUGUGUAAUUUGAUCUCCAAGCAAUGUUAAUAGAGAAAACAUCCCAUUAUCUUGUUUGAAUAAGUCACUUUGUAUAUAUAAAUGUAGGAGUUAAAACUUGGUAUUUUAUAAAAUUAAUUACUGUAUGUGUAUUUAUUUUAAAAAUUAGCAAAGUUGGCUCUAAUAUACUAUUUGGUGUAAUUAUAAUUUAGUGCUUGUUCUGAGUUUGAUAAUGAAUAAAUGGAGGUAAUCAUAUUUUAGCACCUCCAUAAAUGAGCUCUCUUGCUUCACUGCUGAAAUCUGCACAGUGAAAUCUGAACAUUGAUAAAAUAGGUACACAUACAGUUUUUCCUUCCAACAUAUUCUAAUAACAUUUUUGCAUUGGCAUUUCUAAUGGAGUGAAUAACACUUUACACGUAUAUCUAUAUUCAACAAAGGCUAUAGGCACAUUCCACUUUCAGGUUUUUUUGAAAAUAUUAUAUACAAGGCAUGUACCCUUGUAGGUUGUAAGUCUUGCUUUUUAUGUUCUUUACAUUGCUCAGUGAAUCAUUAUAUUUGUUUGAUCUCAGUAUGUAAAUCACGAAUUCUCAUUUUAACAGUUCAACACAUUCGUAUGUACGUGGUGUCUUUAUAUCCAUUUUACAUACUGUCUACAGUCUUGGGCAUCAGAUUUGAUACAUUUCAAUCUUUUACAAUUGGGUAUAAAAUAAAAAUUGCUGUGUUUCCACUAAUCCGUCUGACCCUAAAUCAUACCGCCCUACUCUACAAAUUUUUUGACAAAUUGUUCAAGAGAUUGUUUUUUAGUUAGGUGCUGUACUUUCUUUAGAGAAUAUGUAGUUGAGUUGAUAGUGAAAAAUGAAUCCUUCUUGUUCAAUAUGUUGAUAUGCCUGCAAGGGAAUUGUGAUCUGAAUGUUUCUUUGUGUUCUCUGAAAAUAGAGAAAAAAAAUGUUAUUUAUCUUCUGUUUAACUUCCCUAAAGUUGUGGAUGUUAGUGGAAACACAACAAUUUUUAUUUUUAGUCUUUUUUUUUCAAUCAAAAUUCAUAUAAAUUGUAUUUCUUUGAAAUUAUCUUAAAUCAAGAGUCAUAAUUCAUUACUGCCGGUGUACAUGUAUUUAGCCUAAUAGGUAUAGAUCUGUGAUAAUCCACCUUGAUUCUGUAUCAAUUUAAGUAAAAAAGUCUGAUAGCAUGUUUGUAUUUCUCAUGAAAAUAGUUCUGACUAUACACCCCAAAAUUUACCCACCAAAACCUGAAUUCCUUGACAGAUCUACAUGUUACUGUUGUUAGUUUACAGUGAGUUGUACAAAACAUUUAUUGUUGAAUAAACUAAGAAUCAAUA